GCUUGCCUGUCCAGUACGCGAGAGCUGGCGAGCAGCAAUAGACAACGCGUUAUCAGCAACGCUGAUCGUUUAAUGGCCCCGGGCUGUUACCAAACUGCCGUAUAUAAGGGCGACCAGUAAUCCGUCUAGGUCCGACCCCCUCACCACCCUCUCCACGUCGCCGCGAAAGCGUCUGCAGCGUGUCACUGCCACUCCGCGGCAUAUUUCUUUUUUUGAUUGCUCUCAUCCCGCCGUUCACACCUUCAUCGUCGCCGUCAUUUAGUCUGGAAAGAACGCACCGACUGGGACGAUAGCCAUGAGCUCCGCCGCAGCGGCUGCCAAGAGCGCGCUGCAAUGUUCCGACACUGCCGAGGUCACCCAGGCACUGCUCAAUGGAUCUGUCGUGGACGACGGCCAACGCAGGCGGCAUCAUGGAGGCGCCGGCAAGAUGCUCUCGACAUUCCUGCACAAGCUGCGACGGACCAAGGAGCCCGGCGCGGACCACAUGCAGACGUCGCUGAAGCGAUGUCUCACCACCUUCGACAUCACUCUCCUCGGCAUCGGCCACAUGAUGGGCUCCGGCAUCUACGUGCUCACUCCGUCGGUGGCCAAGAACAUCGCGGGUCCGGCGCUCAUCGUCUCCUACAUGGUGGCCGGCAUCGCGUCCCUGCUCGCUGCCCUCGCGUAUGCCGAAUUCGGCGUGCGGUUUCCGCGAGCCGGCUCGGCCUACUCGUACUCUUACUUUAGCGUCGGCGAGUUCUGGGCCUUCUUCGUCGGUUGGAACGUGGUCCUCGAGAACGUGAUCGGAAUCUCGGCCGUGGCCCGAGCCUGCAGCGCGUACAUAGACUCGCUCACCCACGGCGCCAUCAAGGGUGCCAUCAUGAACACUACCGGGGAGCUUCCGGGCCCGUACCUGUCCCCUUAUCCCGACUUCCUGGCGCUCGGCAUCAUCGCGGUGUACGUGGCGUUCAUGUCGGUCGGCGUUCAGGCAACCUCGUGGCUCAACAACAUUCUCUGCUGCGUCAACAUCUUCGUCCUCUUCAUCAUCAUCGGCGUGGGCGGCUACUACGCGGACUUCGACAACUGGACCAACCCGGAGACCGGAGGCUUUGUGCCCUUCGGCGUGCACGGCAUCCUGGCCGCGUCGGCGGCCUGCUUCUUCGCCUACGUCGGCUUCGACGCCAUCGCUGCUUCAGGCGAGGAGGCCAAGAACCCUCAGCGCUCGCUGCCCAUCGCCACCUUCAUCUCGAUGACCGUGGUCACGGUGCUGUAUGUGGCCGUCUCCGCGGUGCUCACGCUCAUGGUCAACUACAAGGACAUCGUGCCGGACUCGGGUCUACCGGACGCCCUGGAAACCAAGGGAGCAAUCUGGGCUAAGAUCGUGGUGAUCAUUGGCGCCCUGUGCGGAAUGUCCACGGUGCUCAUAGGCACGCUGUACGCGCUGACCAGGAUAGCGUACGCCAUGGCAGACGACGGCCUCAUCAUGCACCUGUUCGGCACAGUGAACAAGCGCACCAAAAUCCCGCUCAUUGCCAUGUACGUGUUCUCGGCGCUGGCCGGCCUGCUCGCCGUCAUCCUGGACAUCGAGACCCUGGUGGAGAUGAUGUCCAUCGGCACGCUGUUUGCCUAUCUCGUCGUCAGCGGCGGCAUCAUCAUCUUCCGGUACCGGGAGCCCGCCAAGAAGGAUGUGCUGGAGAUGGGCUCAAUGACCGAGAAGCCGGUGAACGGUUCUUCGGGUAGCCCGGCCUGCAACGGAUCCGCCAGCACCGCCUACAACCGACUGUUGCCCCGGUUCCAGUUCAUGUCCUCCGUGCUGGGCAGCGUGCCCACCGACCUGAUAAUCUCGCUCAGCGUGGUCGGCAUCGUGGUGGUGACGCUGGUGUUGGGCUUCUACGCCCAGGGCCUGUGGGCCGAGAUAUCCGACGGAGUCUGGUGGGCCGUGCUCGUGCUCGUGGUGCUCGUGCUCAUGCUGCUGGCCCUGUGCUUCCUCAUCUCCAUUCACAAGCAGGCCAUCACGGAGCAGCGGUACAAGAUGCCGUUCGUGCCCUUUCUGCCCAUUUUGAGCAUCGUGGUCAACACCAUUUUGCUGACAACCCUACAUGGACUUACUUGGCUUCGUCUUCUUGUCUGGGUAGCAAUAGGUCUCACGGGUUACUUCAUCUAUGGUACCCAGCACAGCAAGCUCAACAAGCCGCAACAAGACCAGUGCUGCAACCACGCCGUCGAUGGCAUGGCAACCAACGGAAAGUCUCAGCAGCAGUCUUCGGGCAACAGCCACCUCUGAGGAACUAGAGGUGGGGCUCGUCCGGAACCGCCCAAGUCCGACGGCACGUUGGUCGGUCGAUGCCAGCAGUGACGCUGGCGACGUUCAAGUCCUCGGCGAAACUGACGUCGCUGGUUACGCCGAAGUCACUGGGCUGAGCGCGACGAGACGCAGCAGUCGGCAGCGAACCAGGAAUGGCGGCUCUGCCGUAGACAAACGGCAUCUUCCGGAACGGGCAGUUGGCUGGUGAUUACGUUGUUACGAUUGGGCGUGCGCCGAACGAGUGAACGUAAAUGAGGUGCUUCACGUUGACUUCGUAGCCGUGGCAGUAGGAACAGCCACGGUAUGGACGACGUAACAGGAUCUUCGAGACAUCGAGACGUGUUGCGUAUCAACUCUCAUCUGUACAUUGAAUCUUCGCGAAGUUUCGUCGGGACGGUUCCUGAAAUGGUGCUUAGUCAUCGUGAUAUUGUGCAGCAAUAUGCUUCCGAUGGUGUUAUCCCUUGGUACUGCAGUGCGGACGCGUGCGGGCGUAUCCGGUGGAUAGAUGGAGCUCUUCACCGCUCAGUGCAAUCACGGAAGAUCUCGUGUCAUGGACGCAGGCAGCUGACCUUGUCGCUGGAACAAGAACAACCAGCUUCAUCGAAAACCUUCAUGCAUUAUUUUUGUUUAUUUUUUCCCUCUAGCCCACACGUAAAACGGAACAAUAAGUGUUGACGACCAAAGCAGGACUUUUUCUGUUUCCGAACAUACAACAGGAAAAAAAAUGUUAUGUUCUUCAGGCCAGUCUUGCUACGGAUGAGACACGAGAAUCCAAUUGUACAUUUUCAUGCUCUAUGUGCGUAUUUAGUAGCAGUCCUUUCGUUCUAUUACGACGUUUUUCGCCACGAUUCUCGGCUGCUUUACGAAGUUAUGACGAGCCGAAAGAUCAAAUUAUGUGUACAAAGUGGGGGUGACAGCUACCUAUUUUAUGCAUGCUUGAUGCUAUUGUUCACCGUUGUCCUGCACCUGCUGUUUUAUGUAUGCAUUUUCACGGUAGACUUUUUAGGCUUCUCAGGUGAUGCAACUUUCACCCCAAUAACAGUCGCUCGACUGUUCUACGAGCCUGAUUCCCCUAAACCGGAAACUGUUGUUUGGGCGCUAACUUUCGAAAUAUGGACACAAAAAGAUGCAAUCUUCGUGGGAAUGUAGAUGUAAAAUAUUCGUACCUGAAUCGAGGUCUACUUUUUCGUCAACUCUUCACUUCUUUAUUGUUCGUCCUAGUUUUUGUCGCCGUGUCUGCGCUAGAUAUAGAUGUCCGUUUUUUUUCUAUUUUAUAAUUAAUAUAUUUCUUUUGUAUUCUGAUAUGCACUGUAAAUACAUUGCAGAUAUAACUAUUUAUGCAUCUUAGCUUUCAUAAAGAGCCGAUACUGGAUAUGUUGCUUUUAAUUCUCUUAUUUUAACACGUUCGAGAAGCUUUAGUAAAUUUUAACGUUAAUGAGGAGGACAGAAAGCACUGGGUUUUUUGGGAAAUUCAGAAUAUAAAACAGUAAAAUAGGCAUAGCAGAGUCAUAUUUGAAUCUAAAUACCUCUGCCUAAUAAUAUUUGUAUCAUAAUUGUUGCUAAUACGUAUUAGCUGCGCGUGUCUGGUGAUAUUUAUGCCGGCACUAAGGGUAUAAAUAUGUAUAUAAAGUAAAAUGGCAUUCAUGUUUCUUUUAGAUAGC